GGGGCAGGAGGGCGGGGGGAGUGGGGGGCGGAGCAGGUCUCGCGAGGCCGCGCCCCGGCUCACGCGGGCGUCGAGCGCGCGGUUGUAGCUGCCUGGCGGCGGGAGAAGUCGCGCUCGGGCCAAGAGACGUGUGUCUGCGCUCGCGUGGUCAUGGAGGCGCCGCCGCUGCUGCCGGCCGCGUGGACUCUGGCUCCUGGCCGGAGCCGAAGGCUGCUGCUGCUGCCUCUGCUGCUGUUCCUGCUGCCGGCUGGGGCGCAGCGGGGCUGGGAGGCGGAGGAGAGGCCCCGAACCCGCGAAGAGGAGUGCCACUUCUACGCGGGUGGACAAGUAUACCCCGGGGAGGCGUCCCGGGUUUCGGUCGCUGAUCACUCCCUGCACCUCAGCAAAGCCAAGAUUUCCAAGCCAGCACCUUAUUGGGAAGGAACAGCUGUGAUAAAUGGAGAAUUUAAGGAGCUCAAGUUAACUGAUUAUCGUGGGAAAUACCUGGUUUUUUUCUUCUACCCACUUGAUUUCACUUUUGUGUGUCCAACUGAAAUUAUCGCCUUUGGUGAUAGAAUUGAAGAAUUCAGAUCUAUAAACACUGAAGUGGUAGCGUGCUCUGUCGAUUCACAGUUUACCCAUUUGGCCUGGAUUAAUACCCCUCGAAGACAAGGAGGACUUGGGCCAAUAAGGAUUCCACUUCUUUCAGAUUUGACCCAUCAGAUCUCAAAGGACUAUGGCGUAUAUCUGGAAGACUCAGGCCACACUCUUAGGGGUCUCUUCAUUAUUGAUGACAAAGGAAUCCUGAGACAGAUUACUCUGAAUGACCUUCCUGUGGGUAGAUCGGUGGAUGAGACACUACGUUUGGUUCAAGCAUUCCAGUACACCGACAAACAUGGAGAAGUCUGCCCUGCUGGUUGGAAACCUGGUAGUGAAACAUUACUGAUUGUGAGACUUAACAGAUAGAAAUAUGAAUCAGAAGCUGCAGGCAUCACCUGAGAGAAGCCUUAAAAAGCAUUUCUGGAUAGGUCUUCAAGAUAGGAGCACUUCCCCCCGGGAGCUGGAGUGGUACCAGCAGUGACGAACGAAUAGCAUCACCAUCAGGCAAGGGCCCGUGCUAGGAGAUCAGCAAGAGCUCCCAAGAAAGACAGAUUAACACGACGGGUGUUAUA